GUUCAUCGAGGUAUUCAAGUCUAAGUGCCGCACGGGCGGAAGGCUUAAAGAGUCAUCCCGUGACACUUGGUAGUUGUAUCCUAUCAGCACUGCCUUCUUCACUAUUUCUGAGGAUUUCCGAUCACUCACUCUGUUUUUUGUUUGUUUUUUUUUUUUUUUUUUGUGAGAGAAGGAGAAUUGCAUUGUGAUGCUCUGUUUUUUAUUGCCUUAAAAAUUAGAGUUUUAUCAUUUAUUCCGGAAUUACAAUAAUAUUUUAAUAUACAAAUCUUUUGUUUAAUUAAUAUACAAGUUGAAUAGUUUUUUAAUUUGGUUUUGGUUUGGGUUGGUGCCGGCAAAGAAGGACAAGAUAAGGACUUGGAUGCACGUCCAGGCUUUUAAUUGCAUAGCAAUUGCUGCAUGGCGCCACUACCGCCACUCAUAUACGUUUUUCUAUUUGUGUGGGAGGUAAUAUUUGGGCGUUUUGGCACCGGGUGUUUCCAGCAACGGGGAUAAGAUACAGAAAACUGGACGUUUUCAAUUUUUGGUCAAACUUAUCUACUAGAGGGAGACCAGGUGUUUGACUAAACACAUAUUUUUUUUUGUAAUACUUCUUUUACAUGUUUUUAAUUGCACUUUUUAAGCAGUAUGAAAAACGUGGGAAGAAUUGAAGAGAACAUAUUAGUGAUCCUCAAUUCUUCCAAACGAGGGAGACCAGGUUAUUCAGGCUAUUGCAUUUGGUUCUAAACUCCUAUACAUGUGUUGCUCAUUGUGGAAGGAAAGACGGAUGGAAAAGCCGAGCUCUCUCUCAAGCAUGCAAGAAGGUUCGUCUCUCUCUCACCCUUCUCUCGCUCUCAAACCUCGACUUCUCUCUUUCAAUUUCUUGCUGAAAACGAUUGUUUCUUCAGUACUUUCACUCUAAAACAAACCAUAAUGUCUUCUUGCUGAAAGUAGUGAAUCUGGUGUCGAUUCGAAAGAAAAACUUAGCCCAUAAAAGAUUUUGGGGCUUUUGCUCUCUGUACUCAAGGUAACAUUGGCCUCGAGGUGACAUCUAUGAAUCUGACAUAUUGCUAUUUAAAUUUAAUGAAAAGAAUAUUAUGCUUGCUUCGAGCAAUGAGGAAAUUAACAAGAUUGCUGUUUUCCUUUAUUAGCAUUAUGUUGAAAGGUUGGGUUCAAUGAAGAAGUAUGUACCUGUUGUGUCAUUGCCUUCAAAGUCAUUUUUCAGAAAGUUAUUCAAUCAUAGUGUGUCAUGGGAUGCUUGGGUGCCUAUAUUGUUAUUCUUACCACAAAAGAGUAAUGUUAUUCUUACCACAAUUUUAUAUCACAUUUCUUUACCAUAUUAGGUGGUAGAUAAGUUGGACAAGCUACAUCAUUUAAUUUUAAUCUUUUUAUUAAUUAAAACGCUUAAAUAAUCUUAGGUGGAAGAAUGAGACUUCUCAUAUACCACAAUCAUCAUUUAAUUAACAAUUUUUUAUUAAUUAUUGAUUAACAUUUUGAUUAAAUGCUAAUUAAUUUAGAUUAUGUGCCUGUCCAACUCAUCUAUUACCUAAAAUGGUAAAGAAAUAUAAUAUAAAAUUGUGGUAAGAAUAUCAUUUUUCACAAAAAAAUAAUAGAUCAUCAUGCAACUCAAAACCAUGAUAUUUCAUUAUAUACUCCUGUUGCUGUCCGCAUUGCCACUGAUCAAAACGACAUCAAUAUCUCCAGGAAAACAAGCAGAAUCACUCAUCAAAUGGAAUGACCACUUGUCUCCAUCAUGGCCACCUUCGCCACUCAAUUCAUGGUCCCUCACCAACCUCAACAGCCUUUGCAACUGGACUGCCAUAGUCUGCACCAAAACCAGAACAGUUUCCGAAAUAGACCUCUCCGGUAUGAACAUGUACAGAACAUUGGCUCAUUUCGACUUUUCCCUAUUUCCAAAUCUCACGCACUUCAACCUAAGUGGCAACCAUUUCCUAGGGCCUAUACCAUCUGCCAUUGGAAAUCUCUCCAGGCUCACAACUUUGGACUUGAGUGGCAACUUCUUUCUUGAUGACACUCCAUACUCUAAAGGCAACCAAUUCUCUGGCCCAAUUCCGGACAGUAUAGGUUUGAUUUCUGGUCUUCAACAUAUUGACCUGAGUUGGAAUCGUCUGGAAGGGAAAAUUCCACCCUCUAUAGGCCAACUCAGGGAGCUCCAGUACCUUGAUCUUUCAGCCAACUCAUUUAUCUCGUCCAAACUUGAAAACAAUAGCUUCAGCGGAACCAUUUCAGUAGAAAUUGGGUUGUUGAUACAAUUGCAGUAUCUAAGCUUUUAUUCCAACAAAUUCAGCGGAGAGAUUCCUCAGAGUCUAGGCAAUUUAUCUCAGUUUCAGGUACUCUAUUUGUUCGAUAACCACUUGACAGGAGAGAUUCCUCAGAGUAUAGGCAAAUUGACUCAGCUUCAGGUACUCAAAUUGUCCCAUAACCACUUGACAGGAGAGAUUCCUCAGAGUUUAGGCAAAUUGACUCAGCUUCAGGUACUCCAUUUGUCCCAUAACCACUUGACAUGAGAGAUUCCUCAGGCCUCGUUUGGCACGUCGUAUAAGAGCACCGGAUAGUAUUAAUAGUACGAAACAGAUGUUUGGUGAGUUUCGUAUUAAAUAAGCACCGGAUUAUUUAAUCCGGCCCACUCAUUUUAUACACCUCCCACCCGCUUAUUUAUCCCAACCAAAACCUCUGUAUAAUUUAGUCGGGUAGAAUGUCCAUCUCUCUCACUCACUUCGUCCUCCCCCUCUCUCGCUCACUUCGUCCCCCUCUCUCGCUCACUUCGUCCCCCCAUUGCUCCGCCACUCCUUCCUUCCCCAAUAACACCGACCCCCGAACCUCCACAUCUCCUCCGCCGCUCCCAGCAACCCAACUCCUUCUUUCUGCAGAAUUCUCAGAACUCGAGCUGCAAAACGCUAACUUUUCGAAUUGGGUUUCUCUAGGAAUUGCAGAGAAUUAUAGGACUGGAGAUGUUUUAUGAGUUUUUAGCUUAAUUGUUCCCUGAUUUUGUUGAUGGAUUUGGGCGAUUUGGGGGUGGGACGGAGAGAUUUGGGACAACUUUGUGGCUGCUGGGUUCUUCCUGCAUUUGACAACUUUGUUUUUUUCUAUUCUUUUUCUUUUCCAGUAAUCAUCAAACUGGGUUUGGGGGGUGCAGAGAGAUCUGCGAAAGAGAGAGAGGGAUGGAGUUUGGGGGGUGCAGAGAGAUCUGCGAAAAAAAAAGAUGAUUUCACUUCUUUUUUUUUUUAAUUUUAUUUUAAGUUUGAUUUCUCUUAUCCGGU